UGGAGAACCAAGGCCUGUGCCUAGAUACCGGCUCCUCCAAGACAGCAGUCUCAACCCAGCUUCUGCAGGAUGCAUUUUCAGUUCGGCCCCGCACCCUGGUGAAGUUUUCACAGCUAAGGUGGCCAUGAACCCCGAGAGCAGCCGGAGCCACGGGGCAAGGGAGCUGAUGCUCCAGGCGGCCAGGGUCCUGAGGGCUGACCUGAGGGACGCGGCCACCGGGCCCUGGAGGAAUCUGGCCAGGGUGCCAAAGCCUGAGGGGAUGGACGAGGAGGCUGCAGCAGCAGGACAUGAAAGCUUAUUGCCAAUUGAGAGAAGCUUUCAGAACACCGCUAAAAGCAAUAAUUUGGCUCUUAUGGAGAAGCUGUUUGAAAAGAAGGUUAACAUUAAUGCUGUGAACACCAUGAACCGCACGGCCCUGCACUUUGCGGUGGCGAGGAGUAAUUUAUCAGCGGUGGAUUUCUUACUGAGUCACAAAGCCCGGGUUGAUGUUGCCGACAAGCACGGCUUGACAGUAAUUCACCUUGCAGCCUGGUCUGGAAGCUUCGAGAUCAUGCUCAUGCUAGUUAAAGCUGGAGCAGACCAGAAAGCCAAGAGCCAGGAAGGAAUGAACGCUCUCCACUUCGCAGCUCAGAACAAUAACUUGCACAUCGUGGAUUACCUCAUUCAAGACUUGCACCUGCAGGACCUGAACCAACCCAAUGAGAGAGGAAGAAAACCAUUUCUUCUGGCAGCAGAGAGGGGCCAUGUUGAAAUGAUUGAAAAGCUUAUCUUCCUUCAUCUGCAGACUUCAGAAAAGGACAAUGAGGGGAACACUGCCUUGCACCUGGCUGCCAUGCAUGGCCACAGCCCAGCGGUGCAGGUGCUACUAACUCAGUGGCCUGAAGUAAAGGAGACCAAUGAGAAUGGAGAAACUCCAUUCAUGUUGGCUGUUGAAGGAGGCCAUGAGGAAUGCAGUCAAGGGCUCUUGGCAGGAGGAAGUGAUGUCAACAUUCCAAACAAACUCCAUGUCAGUGUGUUGCAGGCAGCCACCCGGAAGGGACACACAUCUCUCGUCAACUUUCUUCUCCAUGAGAACGUUGGUUUGCAGCAGCAGCAGAAAGAACCUCAGGAGUCCCCUCUUCACUUAGCAGUUAUCAACAACCACCCUACAGUUGUAAACAGCUUAUUAACUUAAGCUCAGCACGACGUUAACGUCUUGCGGCAGAGGCAGCAGACCCCUCUGCACGUUGCCGCUGAUCUUGGAAAUGUGGAGCUGGUGGACACCCUGCUGAAGGCCGGCUGUGACCUGAAAAUCACGGACAAGGUACCUGCUCCGUGUUCACUCUUUCCGGAGAUGGAGCCUUCUGCUCACAGGCUGAUUGUGUUCAGCCCCGACUUCCCAACUCACCCAGGUCUUUGCGCCAGCCCUGAAAACCUUGUCACUCAGGUUGGUGGGCAACUGACUGUACUCGUUGCUGUUAUCCAGACAUACUUCCAUUUCCUGAUGGAAAGUGGCUGCCAGAUUCCCGCUGUCAGCAUUCCCCUUGGGAAAGGGAGGAACAAAAGGAAGAAGUCACCUUUCCUCCCUUUGAAAAUCUUUCCCAGGAAAGGAAUGUGCCUUUGCAUUUACAUACCGUCAGCCAGAAUGCAGGCCUCCACCCUGACCGCCACGAGGCUAGGAAAUGUUCCAGGUGGCACACCCGAAGGGGUCUGUCAGUGCUCACGGGGACACCUGGGUGUAAUUGCAGAGACCCUGCAGCGACUAAGGACUAGGUGGCAGAGCCGGCAUGGCAUCUGGGUGCAGUCCUAUGUCGAGAAGCUGGAGCUCCCGGCUAACAGGCGCUAUCAACUCCCCGCCCCCUCUUUUCAAUCUAGCAAGGGAAGAUUGGCUGCCAGGAGCCACCACAGCCUCGUGGUGGACAUGCUCAUUAAAGCCGAGAGGUACCAUGCCUGGAGAGAGGCGCACCCUGAGAGCAUCCAGGGCUUGGCAGGAUGCUCUACACUGACGUUCAAGCAGGACCACAGUGUUGAGACCAGGCACAUCCGCAUGCUCCUCUGGAACCUGGCCUACAGACAGCUGAAGCAGGACUGGCAGUGGCUGGCCCACUUGUGGAACUUUUCAGAGGACCAGAUUAGAGCCAUUGAGGAGCAGUGGUCAGGAAACAAGGGCUUCCGUGAGCACGGCUACAGGGCUCUGCUCAUCUGGCUGCACGGGGCCCUCAUGACACAGCCCGACCCUGCCAAGCAGCUGGACGGGGCGCUGGUGCACGCAGGAUUCCCAGAGUCAGCUGGAAAGAUUUGUCAUUUCGAAGGUAAAACUGGCCCAAGCUCCAAGAAAUGUGCAGUCUCCUAAGCUGAAGAAACAAUUCCAAUGGCUUCCCACUCCGCAUUCAGGUUGACUGUGGUUCCCGAUGGCCACAGCUACCUCCCAGCAGACUGAUUUCCUGGUCCAAGGAUGCUGCUCCUCCAGGGAUAGAGGUGAAUAUACCACCUUCUCACUGCUCCAGCCUCACGCUGGAGGCAAACUGUGUGGCUUUCCUAGUUCUGUCAUUUGAUGUGCAUGCAGAAGAGCACAGCUCUGUACAAGCUUAAGAUCCACACGGAUGGUGGGCGCAGCAUGGCGGCACACACAAAAGCAGGGCUAGGAGAUUCGGCUUUGAAACUGGAUGCUUGGCUGCGAGCAGUGGGCAGGUUAACAUUACUGACGUUUUAAGAGCUGUGGCUUCUUUUUCUGAUAGACAGAACAUUUCCUCCAGAGAUCGGGAAGGAGAUGAAGGGAAAAUACCCGUGAUACCUGACCGCAAGCCAGUGGGAUGUAAGGCAUAAACUCUUAUCUUUGUGGAGAAGCUGCGUGUGGAAAUCCACACACUACUGGCUUUACACCACACAAGUGUAGUUUAUUACGCAGAAAAAAAAGACACGCACCAGUAAUUUUUAAACCCGUCGUGAUCUAAAUACGGGUAAUUUUAAUUCUUGGUACUUUCCAGUACAUCUGAUUUUGCUCACAACAAUCAAGUACUGCCUUCUGUAACCUGGGAAAGCUACAAAGGUACCAGUUUUCAUCACUGUAUACCUACCUAGAGUUCAGCUCCGACUCUCAGUCUGGAAAAGCUGGUAAGGCAACCACAGGCAAUAAGUCUAUUAAUUUAGUUUCAGGUAUUUUUCUUACAGUGAUUGUAAAUGGCCCAUGUAAUGCUAGGAGUGUUUAAAACAGGCAAUAUAUUCACAAGAUCCCAGAAUUUUAAAAUAGUAUUAAAUAAAAAAGUCCCAUCCCAGUUUGUUCUUGAGUUUGGCCACACCAGUGCGAGCAUUCUCCCUCCAACCUAACCUCUGCAUGUAAAAUAAGUACAAAAUGCACACGUACUGGAGAGUGUUUCCAUUAAGCCUGUGUUAUUUAACUUAGGCCAAUAUGAAUGAUUUGUUCAUUUGGAUAACACGCAAUUCUACACUUAACAAUGCCUAUAAUAGUCCUAGUUACAUCAACUUGCACUAGUAUGUCCAUAUGACCUGGCUUGCACACUGAAAACCUAGCUAGUCCAUGCUUCUCAAAGGUCCAGCCUAGACCAAGAUUUCAAUAGAAAAUGAACAUGAAGCUGAGGAGGAGCAAGGUGAGGAUGCUACCAAAUUGGCUCCACUUGGUGUCAAGUUUGGCUAUCUGAUCCUAAGCACAUUCUGUUCCAAGAUGGGAUGGAUGAAUGCAUCUCAGGGCAGUUCACAAAGGGGAGGGAGAGAGGAGGAAUUGAGCCAUGUUACAGUGUGUUUUAAAGACGUAAAAAUGUGUUUUGACUGUAUGUACGUAUGUACACAUGCAUUCCUGGUGCCUAUGACGGCCAGAGGAGCUACAAAUGGUUUGAAGCUGCCAAGUGGGUGCUGGGAACUGAAUUAGGUUCCUCUGCAGGAGCAGCAUGUGCUCAGCGGUUGAGUCAUGUCUCAAGCUGCACAGUGGGGACUUUUAUUCUGGUCACAUGAGUGAUCUCUUAAGGCAGCCUACCGUUCCUCCUGGCUCUGCUGGGUGGAGAGGGCAGUUCUGGGGAGCAUGCCCACAGGGAAGGUGUGAGAGGAGGUGCUGCAGCUUGCUAUUCACAAAACUUAGAAGCCCAAGGAGUGAGUUUUUGCUACGGUAGUAGCUGGACCAUUGCCUGGUACGUCUAUAAUUCAGAAGUCUUAAGCACUUGUUAUAAUAUGGAAUGAUGUUUGCCUAGAUCACAUUUAGUCUCUGAAGUGUGAGGCAGCAAGAAAAGUGACUUUUUAUAAUAAAAUGAGAGAGCACAGAAGCAGAUCACGCUCAAACUGGAAGAGGCUUCAGAUGAUCAAAACCACACGUAUCAGAAAGUGGAGGACCUGCUCAUAUAUUCCGUAAGUACAGUGUCAACAGGAAAGGAAGUACAUCUACUUACAUCACAGAUGAGGAUCCUGAAAUCCAUUUAAUUAAAUGUUUGGCCCCAGAAAACAGAGUAUUGAAGAAAACUGCAGUUUUUUCUCUAAUGUCAGUUCUGUCCAGAUGGUCUAUUUCCUUCCUUCCUUCCUUCCUUCCUUCCUUCCUUCCUUCCUUCCUUCCUUCCUUCCUUCCUUCCUUCCUUCCUUUUUUUCUCUUCCCUCCCUCUCCUUCUCUCUUUUCCUUGAGGCAGGGUUUCUCUACACAGCCUUGGCUGUCCUGGAACUCACUAGUAGAUCAGACUGGCCUUGAACUCAUAAGGGAUCCACCUACCUCUACCUUCCCUGUGGUGGGAUUCAAGGCGUGGGGCACCAUUCUGGCCAGCCAUUGGGAAGCUUGCAGAUCUGCAGGGCUCUCACUCUUGUGCAGCACACGUGUGGAUGUGCAGAAAGGAGGAGGCAGGCUCAAUGCUGCAGGCCCCACUAGGGUGAGGGAGAAGAAGGAAAGCAGGGUCAUCCCAGCAGGGAGUUUCACAGAUGUUGACUGUCUCCCUCAAGGUUUGACUGCAGAGUCCUAGAGAUGAAGACCAAUAUACUGAAGGCAGAAAAAGCUGUGUUUAGAAAUAUCACCGUGACUCUUGGUCUUUAUUUAAAAAUUCAGAUAGCUUCUAUUUGUUU